CCGCCAUAUUUGUCAUAUCUUCGUCCACAGCCGCCGCGCAAACGGCCCUUGUCGCCACUCGUCAGUUCAGAGACCAAUCACGAGACUCCAAACACAAUGCUAUGCCCACCUGUCACGUUCGGUUCUUCCCGGCCUCACCCUCCUUAUCGCUUCGACCCCUCUGGGCCAGUCGACGUCGUCCGGUUCCUUGUAUCUACUACUCUCUAGAUCUACCACGGUGUGCGCGUCAGGCGUACGUGUUUGGCACCCUUCACGUCGUCAACCUCGAGCUUGGACUCGAUCGUAGCCUCCGCAUCGGUUGAUCGUGUCGAGAUGACGAUCGAGUCUAUAAGCUGCAACCAUUGCAGCUAGCGAGAAAGCACAGAGGCGAGCAGUGGAUAGGUGGGCAGCAGCAAUGGCGGGGCUUCACUUCUUGCUCGUGCCGCUGGUGGCACAGGGCCACAUCAUCCCGAUGGUGGACCUGGCCCGCCUCCUCGCCGGCCGGGGCGCGCGAGUCACCGUGGUGACCACGCCCGUCAACGCCGCGCGCAACCGGGCCGUCGUCGACAGCGCGCGGCGGGCGGGCCUCGACGUCGAGCUCGCGGAGAUCGCGUUCCCCGGCCCGGGCCACGGGCUGCCGGAGGGUCUGGAGAACAUGGACCAGCUCACGGAGAGGGAGCACUUCCUGCCCUUCUUCCAGGCCGCGUGGAGCAUGGACGCGCCGCUGGAGGAGUACGUGCGGUCGCUGCCCCGGCGCCCGGACUGCCUCAUCGCCGACUCGUGCAACCCGUGGACGGCCGAGGUGUGCGCACGCCACGGCAUCCCGCGCCUGGUGCUGCACUGCCCGUCCACCUACUUCCUCCUCGCCAUGCACAGCCUGUCCAAGCACGGCGUCCACGACCGCGUCGCCGACGAGCUGGAGACCUUCGAGAUUCCCGACUUCCCGGUGCCCGCCGUCGCGAACAAGGCCACGUUCCGCGGCUUCUUCCAGUGGCCCGGCGUGGAGGGCUUCCAGCGCAACAUCGCCGAGGCCGAGGCCACCGCCGACGGCCUGCUCCUCAACACCUUCCGCGACAUCGAGGGUGUCUUCAUCGACCGCUACGCGGCGGCGCUGGGACGGAAGACGUGGACCAUCGGGCCGAUGUGCGCCUCCGUCGGCGGCUUGGACGCGCACGCCAGGGCCAGCAGGGGCAACCGCCCGGACGUCGACGCAGGGAUUUUCGUGUCGUGGCUAGACGCCCGGCCGCCGUCGUCCGUGCUCUACAUCAGCUUCGGCAGCCUCGCGCACCUGCCGGCGAAGCAGGUCGUCGAGCUCGGCCGUGGCCUCGAGGCGUCGGAGCGGCCGUUCGUCUGGGCCAUCAAGGAGGCCAGUUCGAACGCCGACGUGCAGGCGUGGCUCGCCGAGGGGUUCGAGGACCGCGUCAAGGACAGGGGGCUCCUGGUCCGCGGCUGGGCGCCGCAGGUGACCAUCCUCUCGCACCCGGCGGUGGGCGGCUUCUUGACACAUUGCGGGUGGAACGCCGCGCUGGAAGCCAUCGCCCACGGCGUGCCGGUGCUGACGUGGCCCAACUUUUCCGACCAGUUCAGCAGCGAGCGGCUGCUCGUCGACGUCCUCGACGUCGGCGUCAGGUCCAGUGUCAAGGUGCCCGCCAUGUUCUUACCCAAGGAGGCCGAGGGGGUGCAGGUCACGAGCGCCGGCGUGGAGAAGGCGGUGGCCGAGCUCAUGGACGAGGGGCCCAAGGGGACGGAGAGGAGAGCGAGGGCCAAGGAGCUCGCCGCCAAGGCGAAGGCAGCCAUGGAGGAAGGCGGGUCGUCGUACGCCGACUUGACCGACAUGAUGGACCACGUCGUGGUGCUCGGCAGACGGCAGUAAUUAAGAAGAGCCAUAACGAGGGUGAGGGCUUGCCUUCGAUUCUACACUAGAGCUUGCGAACAAGAAGGAUGAGAAGAACAAGUUGCCACGAUGUCGGUGUGGUCAGCAUUUUAGACGAUGAAUUGUUUGCAGCAAAUGCACCAUGUUACUUAAGUCUUCAGUAAUCUAAUAGUGUACCAAUGCUAGUGGACAAACUAGAACCUUAUGACAUAGUAUAGGUUACAAAUUCGGGGGUAAAUUUAAUGUAGAAGCUAUUCAAAAUUAGUUAUCGUUGCUUUCUCUUUCUAUGUUUUCUAACAUGAUAUCCAUACACUAUUUGAUCUCCA